AUGCCGAAAGUGAAGCAGAAGAAGCGCAAUGGCGCUUCCAAUUCCAAUCCCUAUGCCGAUGCUGCAGUCAAGGCAAAAGCCGCCCACAACGUCUUCAAAAUGAAUACAGAUAUAGGCCAGCAUAUUCUGAAGAAUUCCGGGAUAGCCGAUAAGAUUGUGGAAAAGGCGGACUUGAAGCAGAGCGACGUGGUGCUUGAAAUAGGUCCCGGAACGGGCAAUCUUACUGUCAAAAUGCUUGAAAAGGCAAAGAAAGUCAUCGCCGUGGAAUUAGAUCCCCGUAUGGCUGCUGAAGUCACAAAACGUGUCCAGGGAACUCCGGCCCAGAAGCGACUAGAGGUCAUCCUUGGAGAUGUGAUAAAAACUGAUCUUCCAUACUUUGAUGUCUGUGUCAGCAACACUCCAUACCAGAUUUCAUCACCCCUCACAUUCAAACUCCUUGCCACCUCACCAGCACCUAGAGUUUGCAUUCUCAUGUUCCAGCGUGAAUUUGCCCUGCGACUCUUUGCCAAACCAGGUGACAAGCUUUACAGUCGUCUUUCCGUCAAUGCUCAAAUGUGGGCCAAAAUCGACCAUAUUAUGAAAGUGGGCAGGAACAACUUCAAGCCCCCUCCGCUGGUCGAAUCUAGUGUAGUCCGCUUGAUUCCGAAGAAUCCACGGCCGCAGAUUAAUUAUGACGAGUGGGAUGGUUUGCUGCGGAUCGUCUUUGUAAGAAAGAAUAAGACCAUACGAUCUAGUUUUCUUGGCAAAUCUACCAUCAUGGACAUGCUGGAGGCCAAUUAUCGGACCUGGUGUGCACAGAAUGACAUCCCGGUUGAGGACGGUCACGUGGAAACCACCGAUACGGACGUUAUGGACAUUGGCAACAUCCAAGAAGACGAGGAAGAGCUAGACGAAACCAUGGAGCUGGAUGACGACGACGACGUGCCCGAUUUUUUCAAAGAAGAAGCGAACAGUCGCGUACAAGAAGCUCUCAAAAACCGACCAGCUCGUAAAAAAAGGGGGAAGGUGGCUGAGUUGGUCCGAGAGAAGGUGCGGCAGGUCUUAGAGGAUGAGACGCAGCUUGGAGAGAAACGUGCCAGGAUGUGCGACGAAAAUGAUUUUCUGAAACUGUUAUGGGCAUUUAACCAAAAGGGCUUCCACUUCAGUUGA